CAAGUUUCGACCGAAGUGAUUGAUGAAGUACGAAGGGUUUGCAUCAGGUCUGCCAAGCAUCGAUCGAGGCAGCAUUUCUUGGCUCUGAGCCAAGAUAUGGCCGAGGGUGGAGACGACGGGGCAGAUUUCACCGCAGCUGAAUUGGCAUCGGUGGGCGGGAGACGAUCCUACAACAGAGCCAUCUCGUUAGCGUUCUCUCAAGAAGGCAAAGAGGAAUCGUCGAGAGACCAGCAAGACAUUCAUCAAGAUGAGCUGAAGAAAACAUCCGAGGGAAGUGUCGAGGAAGAACUUGGUAAUGCUGAGACAGAAGGAGAUGAUAGCGAAGAUGUUGACGUGAAGACUAAGGAUAAGAGUAAGGGGGUUAAGGAUUUGGAAAUAAAGGGUGGAGUUUCUUCCGAGGGAAAUAUUACAGGGGUUCAGGAUACAUUUGAUAUCCAUUGUGGUGCAAUAGGCAGCCGAGGUAGAAGAGGUAAAACAAAACGGAGACAUCUGCAUAAACAAAACAUAAGACUUGACCGAAAGCAAUAUCUAAGUUCCUUAGCUAAGCAAAUUGGCACAACUCCGGGAGAAGCAGAAACAAUCAAUGUGGAUGUAGUCCGCCCUGUUCCAACAUUAGUUGAACUCUGUCUCCGAAAAGGUAUUAAAAGGGUCGGUCUUUCCGAAGGCCCACACACUAGCAGAAUUGCCCCAGGUAUCCGCUCGCUUCUGAAAGCGCACCAGAAUCACAGUAACCUAGAGCAAAUUCAGUUGAAGUGGUUGCUGGAAGUGUUGAAACAAGCUGAACAGCAGGCCAAGUGCAAUACACUGAAGUUCAUGGACAAGCGUGGAAGGAAGAAGGAGCUACUAGUUCGAGACUGCCGCUCCCUGUUCAGCACGGACGAAGAUUCUCGAGGUGAGGCUCGAGACUCUCAUCGGAAGAAUAAAUUCAGUGCCUCGCUAGUUCUCCCGUGUUGUGGUUUCGAUAGUAGUGACUGGGCAGUGGCAGCAUUGGCGCAUUGCAUUGAUCUCUUGCUCCCUUUACAACUUCCUGAAGUUGGUGCCAAAAAAACUCAAACGAUCAUUGGAAUCAAGCGGUUGUUGAGCAGACAUUCUUCAGAGUUGGUAAACCUGUGCUUCGACACUUCUUUGGCCUAUGUCUGGUGGUCAAGAGGUGAAGUUGAUAAAGCCAAGGAGUUGCUAUUGGCAUCAUGCGAGAGUAUCCCCUCACACGAUGAAGUGAGAGUACAUCCCAAAUCAGAAGAAAUCUUCAGGUCUCGCACUUUGUUGGAUCGCCAGAGGGCUCUGUAUCACAAUGAAAUAGGUAGGCUGUUGUCCCAGUUUGACCAACCAGUAUUGGCGGGGCGAUUCUACCGGAGUGCGGUUGAUGAGAUUUCGGAAGGUUCUUUUGUUGUCAUUGACAAGCUGGUGCUGCAGUCGCUCGCUUUGAGUGCUUCAGCUUACGAUCAAGGUCUGAUGGAUCAUGAGCAAGCCGUCAAGGCUGCCACUCUCUGGAAACUUGUGACCAGCUCUCCAGGAUCCAAAAGUGAGUUGGUCCAGGCAUCUGUGGAUUCACUUCUGCACUGUCACGCUGGUUCCCCCGUUGGUGAAACAGAAGCCUUUCUCGAUAACGCCGAGCAGUUAAACGGGUUAUGGCUCUUGGAAGCAAACUCCCGAAUUGCAGAGUUGGCUGUAAAGUCUCCCCAGAUGUACCUCUACCAGUCAUUGAUUCUGUCCAUGCUUGGAGAGCCAAGACGUGCCGAACAGGCGUAUGAGGUGUACGUUCAGCAGAGUUGGUCCUUUGAUUACGAGUCUGCAACAGGUACAUUACCAACAUCAUUAUUCGAAGAUGCUAAAGCAAAGCCAUGGUGGAUUCUCUUUGAGUGGUGCCACGCCGAAGCUGCGAUGUCUGCUUCCAAGACGCGGAAGCCCAUCAACGCUUUGCCUCUUCUUUGGCGCAGAAUGUUAAAACACCCAUAUUUUAAUUGGGAUGUCUAUUGUUUUAGUGUCUGUGAAAUGCAAGGAAAGUCAAUGAACCUCCAUCUGACACAUGACGGUUUUCUGAGUGGCGCCAUGAUGCAGAAUCUUCCUCCUUGGAGGUCUCUCCUCUUGGACCCUCACACAGGAAGAAUCUGUCUUCAGGAUCAACACCGUCAACAUGAGAUUCAAGAAUGGGAGAACUACCCUCCAAUGCAUACUCAAAAUUUCACUCAUGACUUCUUCAUUCCAAUGCCGAUACUUCUUUACCAAGAUGCUUCCGAAAACACUGCCGUCUCCUUGUUAAAUGUAAACAGCACUGUCAAUUUUAGACAAGAUUUUUUUUACUUCUACUCAGACACCUACACCCUACCGAACGCCAACGUUUCAUCUACUUUGAUCUACUCAAAGGGUGGUCAAACAGUUCGGCUCAAUUUGAGACAGCUGGUCAUGGAAGCAAGACAAAAGAGCAUCCAGCAGCAAGUCAAGGACAUAACACCCGCAGUUAGCGAAGAUGUUGAGCAAGAUGUGCAGGACUUACUUGAUUUCUGCAUUACAAGAGGUCUUCAGAUCGACUUUCCUCUCGUCAAGGAAGUUAUUGACGGUAAAAGAGCCGCCCUGAUGGAGCUAGUAAGAAGAAAACUGUCUUCAAAAAGAAGUCGCGGACGCUCGACAGAUUUGAAGACUGGCUCGAAGAAGAAAUUGAAGGACACCCAGCUGCCUCCACAUCAGUCUCUUCAAAUACAGGAGGUGUUGUUUGUCGGAACGUCAACCGUAGUUCUGUGUCUGUACACAGCAGCUACGCCGUUCGAUCCAGAAUGGGGUGAUCCUUGCGACCAAGACACGCUUGUCUUUCUCGACUGCAGCUCUGCAGAGACUUUCAGCAAUCCAGUUAUAAAUUGUCCUGACUCAUCAGAUUUGGUGUGGAUGCUGCCGAGAUCUAAGUCCUGCUGGAAGAACAAUCUCUUCAAGCAGAAUGUCCUUUACGUCUAUGCUGCGUGUUUUACCCCCUACCAUGACAACGCAUCGUACAUGCACAAACUGAAGGCCUUGGUCGUUUUCGAUGAAAGUGGGAAAGUCAUUCAUAAAGAGCCCAUCCAACAGCGACAGGGAACCUUCACCCAUGUUUACACGGCAUGCUCUGGGUGGCACAUCGUCGGCCUUGAUUCCAGGAAGACAUCGUUACGAUCCCUGGAUACCAAAAGUUCCACGAAACUAUCAGUGCCGACGGUAAGAGUUGAAGAUUUUGAGGUUGUUGCGGACAUGGUUUUUGUCUCUCGGUCGUCACGUGUUUGCGUCUUGCACCCUGGCUCCUUCGAGCCUUUCCGUGUGGUGAGGCGGCCUCCUGGGAAAGCAUCAGUCUCAAAUACUGACGGUGUUGUGCUCCACGGUGAAUCGCACCGUCUCGACAUCCUGUCAACGGAUACAUUCUUGAAGAGAUCAACAGAGGGCGGUUGCGAGCUAGUUCUCCACACUCGUGUGAUCCUCGGAGUACUUAACCACGUACUUAUCCUGGAAAGAGAGAAUUGUUCACAGGACCCAGACCAACGUUACCUACAUCACGUGGAGGUAGUAGCAGAUAUUCGGAUCCCUGGGAUGCCAGAGGAAGCGCACUUCAUCAGCAAGCAUGCCGGACUCGUAGUCGCCGCAUCCGUUUUUGAAUAUCCAUCUGACCCCUACUACCGUGCAAGCCUGUACUGGUUUAGUAUGGAGGGCGUUAUCAAGGCUAUCCACCCUAUACUAGGACCGCCCCCUUAUUGUUUCAAGGCCAUUCCGAUAUCGAAACCAGAAGGGGCGGGGUUGAGUGAUGGUAAGAUGGGGGGUGAAAGUGACACGCAUGUCAAGACAAGGCGUUGGCAUUUGUUCUUUGCUGAUGGUCUCGGGGCCUUGUGUUGCAUAAAGCUUGAUUUCGAUGAUCCUAGUUUGUUUCAUUGAGGCUAUCUGUUCCGUUCACAAGUACCCCCUCACCGGCAAAGGAAGUACAGUUGGGGGUGACCGAUCGACGCCAUCUUGCCUGACUGCAAUUUUGCCGUGACGCGCGUCCGUACCACUGUGUGGACAUAGUACAAAUCCCCUGGUGUACGUGCGUCACACACAAGGAACGGUGUGCGUCAACCAGUUAAAUGUCCCGCCCAUGGGAUGUCGUUAUUAGGUAAAAGGGCGCUCUCUUUUGUUAGCGCACGGCGCUCAUAUAUCUGAUGCUGUGGAUUUUGAGUUGUUGAUGAAACCAAGGUUCUGCUUUCACAAAAGUGGGCCCUCUUUUUUUCUCAAUCUUUCUCUUAUUAAUUCAUGCUGGCUUCUGUUUUCCCCACCCUUUUCUUGGCUCGAGAAAGCCACGUUGGCAUCCAGGCCUAUACAAUAGCCUUUCGAAACAGAUGGCAGCCAUGAAACUGCCGAAUUGAAACUUAAUCUUAAACGGAAUGUGUCUUUGAUAAACGAAAGGGACCAUGGUGUUAAAUAAAAAUGAAAGAAACGUUUCAUUAUAAAGGCUGUAGAAAUCAAUGCGAGCAU